AAUGUCAGGCAGCAACGUUGUAACGCAAUCCGAUCAACAUGAUCAGACGGGACGCUAGAAGCAGUGCUUCAGGGCGUGACACUGCUACGUACGGGAGAUAAAGGAUUCUACAAAUACAAAUAAUGAAAAGACAUUAACUUCUUCAGUGUAUAAACUGUUAAAUCUGGGAUUUUGUGUAGGAACGAAAACUCCCCAAAAAGAUGCCGAGGUCAUUUCUUGUCAAGAAAGUUAAAUGUGACGAUGACAAAUCCAUGCAUGGUCAUUAUUGGUCCAAGGAGAUAUACGAGGAUGACGUGGACGGUGGUAGAGCGGUGGCCCCCUACACACCCAGUACACAUCCACUGGCUGUCAGAGUUAAUAAUGGGUACAUAAGUGACCUGAUAGUGCCGUCACUUCCGGUGAAUGCAUCUGUCGCUGAGAUCGAAGAGAAGCCACAACCCCCAGCGGCGCAUGUAGAGAUCCAGUUUGAGGACGUGCAUGAUGAAGAGUGUCCAGUCCUUGAUCUUAGUCCUGACCGGAACAAAAACAACAUUGAAGAAAUUAACAGAAGUGUAACCAUUGGAUACACCUAUGAUGCGUUCUUCAUAAGCGACGGACGGUCGCGACGUAAAAAUGCAUUUGGUAUUCCAGAAAAGGUCAGCAAGCAACGUUACACGUGUAAUGAAUGCGGGAAGGAUUACGCGACAUCCUCAAACCUCUCCCGCCACAAGCAAACACACAGGAGUCUAGACAGUCAGCUAGCAAAGAAGUGCCCCUACUGUGACAAAGUCUACGUCAGCAUGCCAGCACUGUCUAUGCAUAUUCUAACGCACGAACUCAAACACCGUUGCGAUAUAUGUGGGAAGAGUUUCUCCAGGCCGUGGUUAUUGCAUGGACAUAAACGUUCUCACACGGGAGAGAAGCCGUACGGAUGCGCUCACUGUGGGAAGGCAUUCGCAGACCGCUCCAACCUACGUGCACAUAUGCAAACGCAUUCGGCGUUCAAACACUAUACCUGUAAGAGAUGCAACAAAUCGUUUGCCUUAAAAUCGUAUCUUAAUAAACAUUACGAGUCAGCUUGUAUAAAGGAGGGUCCAGAAUCUACUUUAGAUAUGAUAAAACAUAGUCUCUCUCCUGAGAGUUUGAACUUUUCGUAAUGAUGACUGGAGACAGGAUAAUUUGUGGUUUGUGCAGUGAAUCAUCGUUACAUCGUCUCCUGAUUGAUUUUAUCCAAAGGUCCUAACGUGAAAAAUGAGUACUUAUGACUUUUAGAGUAUUACUCACACCCCGAGUAACAAAGACUAAUGCAUCACACGGAACGGUGUCAACAGGGACGCGAAAAGACCUCAACGAUACACGAACGACUCUAGUAUGCACUGUGGAUGUUUAUGACAUAUUUAAACCGCAACAAACGAUAUCUAAACGGUGAUAUAAAUAGCGGAACUAGAUAUGCUUCAUUACUUAUAUACAAAUUCGAACUUAAAUUUGAACCCAUAGACAUUUGACACCAACGACCUUUGUAGAUGUAUAAAUAUUUUUUGUCCCAAUUCAUUAGUGACCAUUCACCUUCCUACCGCCAGUAGUGCCAGAACUUGUGUGAUAACAGAUAUCAGUAUAUAACCAACCAAGUGCCCCUUAACCCCUUAAUCGAAAUCACCAUUUUUGUAUUUUCUAUUUUCUUACGAAAUCCCAUUUAAGCAUUUUGAUACAGACACGAUAUAUUUGUUGGUGUUUUAUUCCCACCUACUAGUCUACAUAUAUGUUGGAUGUGUUUGACGGAUACAGUCUUGAGAUCAUAUUAUACGUUGAUGUUAUUCAC